AUGGCACCCAGAGUCAUUGUCGUUGGCGGCGGCUUGUCCGGAUUGAGUGCCGCGCACACUAUCUACCUGAACGGUGGCAAUGUCGUCGUUUUGGACAAGCAAGGCUUCUUCGGAGGCAACUCCACAAAGGCCACGUCCGGCAUCAACGGUGCCCUGACCAGGACACAGGUUGAUCUCGGCAUCGCAGACAGCGUCAAGCAGUUCUACGAUGAUACCUUGAAGUCGGCCCGUGACAAGGCCAGACCCGACCUCAUCAAGGUCCUCACAUACAAGUCCGCUGCCGCCGUCGAGUGGCUGCAGGACGUCUUCAACCUAGACCUUACUCUGGUUUCCCGGCUAGGUGGCCACUCACAGCCCCGGACGCACCGAGGACACGAUGCAAAGUUCCCUGGUAUGGCUAUCACCUACGCCCUCAUGCAAAGGCUAGAGGAGCUCGCCGAGACCGAACCCGACCGGGUUGAGAUCAUCAAGAAGGCCCGUGUCACUGGUCUGAACAAGGAGGGCAACCAGGUCACCGGUGUUCAGUACGAGUUCAACGGCGAGCAUCACUCCCUGGACGGCCCUGUCGUCCUCGCCACGGGCGGUUAUGCCGCCGACUUCAGUGACUCGUCACUGCUGAAGAAGCACAGACCCGACACUUUCGGCCUCGCUACCACCAACGGCUCCCACGCUACUGGCGACGGCCAGAAGAUGGUCAUGGCCAUUGGUGGUAACGGCAUUGACAUGGACAAGGUCCAGGUUCACCCCACGGGUCUGGUCGACCCCAAGGAUCCCGGCUCCAAGUGGAAGUUCUUGGCUGCCGAGGCUCUCCGUGGCGAGGGUGGUCUGCUGCUCAACGCCGACGGUGACCGCUUCUGUGACGAGCUCGGCCACCGUGACUACGUGUCGGGCAUGAUGUGGAAGGAGAAGGAUAAGGGCAAGUUCCCCAUCCGCCUCAUCCUCAACUCCAAGGCUUCCAACACCCUCGACUUCCACACCCGCCACUACUCUGGCCGCGGCCUCAUGAAGAAGAUGACUGGUGCGCAGCUCGCCAAAGAGAUUGGCUGCUCUCCCGACCACCUCCAGAAGACCUUCAAGACCUACAACGCCAUCGCCGAUGGUAAGCAGAAGGAUCCUUGGGGCAAGAAGUUCUUCCACAACCUGCCCCUCGACAUCGAUGACGACUUCCACGUCGCGCUGAUGGAGCCCGUUCUCCACUUCACCAUGGGUGGUAUCGAGAUCAACGACAAGGCCCAGGUUCUCAACUCUGAGCAGAAGGCCUUUGACGGCCUUUUCGCCUGUGGUGAGCUUGCUGGUGGUGUGCACGGUGCCAACCGUCUGGGUGGUUCAUCACUGCUUGGCUGCGUCGUCUACGGCCGUGUCGCUGGUGACACUGCCAGCAACUACCUCUUCCAGCAGGCCCUUAAGGGCUCUUCUAGUGCCACGCAGAGACUCGGCCAGAUCUCGCUGCACCUGGACCCAUCCCAGCCCGGCAAGAUCUCCGUUGAGUGGGGUUCCGGUUCUGGCUCCGGCGUCCAGACAUCUGCUCCCCAGUCACAGCAGACUUCUGCCGCCGGCCCGUCUCCGCAGACUGCCGAGGGCAAGGCUGCUGCCAAGCCCAACAACCCCAAGAAGUUUGAGAUCCCCGAGAAGGAGUACACGAUGGAGGAGGUUGCUAAGCACAACACGAAGGAGGACCUGUGGGUCGUUGUCAAGGGCGUUGUUAUGGACCUGAGCAACUGGCUCGAGGAGCACCCCGGUGGUCCCCAAGCCAUCAUGAACUUCAUGGGCCGCGACGCCACGGAGGAGUUCGAGAUGCUGCACGAUGAUGAGGUCAUCCCCAAGUACGCCCCCGAGCAGGUGAUUGGCCGAGUUAAGGGCGUCAAGCCCACUCUGGAGUUCUAG